AUGGUGGCAGACGCCAGCGUCGCCCUCGCUACGACACCAGCGGGAUUGUCGCCAGUGGCGUCGACUUUGACGCUUCUGGCGGCUGCCGUGGAGGCGGGCGAGGCAGACACAGUGUCGGUGCUCCUGAAGGCGAGGGCGGACCCUUGUGCGGCGACCCCGAAGGGCGUGAGCCCCCUGCACCUGGCCGCCUACUGCGACUCGGCGAGUACCCUCGGCCUGCUGGUCGAGGCAAGAGCCGACGUCGACGCCCCGGACUGCCACGGCCAGUCUCCCAUCUUCUUCGCGGGCACGCCGGAAAUCUGUUCCCAGCUGGAGGCCGCGGGCGCCGACGUGAACCUGCGGAACCGCAGGGGCCAGUCGGCCCUCCACCUCGCUGCGGGCGCUGGCCUCGACGACGUGGUGGCGUGGCUGGCCGCGCGCGUGGCGCCGGGGAUCCUGAACGCCCAGGACAGGCACGGCUGCACCGCCCUGCACUGCGCACGGAGUGGCGGCCUCCGGUCCACGGCGCGGCUUCUGCAGGAGCGCGGCGCCAGCGACCGCAUCAAGCCCGUGGCCGCCCGGCGGCGCGGCGGCGGCGCUGCGCGCGCGGCGGCCGGCGGGGCCUGCCGGCAGCGCCAGCAGCGCGUGGACGGGCGCCAGCGGUGA